AUUCUCACAGAACAGCUUUUCACACCCUACGGGCCAGGAGCUUUCAGUUCUGGUUAUGUCCACGUUAAAAACCCAGCGACCCAAAUCUAUCAGAUCAGAGAUAAUGUUUUUGUUUUAUCUUGAGAGCACGUCCUAGCAAUGGUUUGGGUGGUACCGAACCGCAUCGGACGAAGUCGCCAUUUAGCCGCGGGUACGCUGAAAUGGUGGUGAACGAAUCGUUAAAAUCGUAAACCAACCGGGAAAAGGUUUUUUUUCACUUUUCACUCAGUGACUCAAAUUUUAAUGUAAAAUAAGUGAAGAUGAUGUGAAUUUAAUGGUCUUUUAUUUGUCAUCUUUUUUUAUAAGUAGAGCCGUUACAAAAUGAGAUGACAAUAGGAGUUCGGCAAGAUGAAAGUCCUAUUUCUCGUGUCUCUUUUCUCCCUUUCCUGGGCUUUUCCAUCCCCGUCUCGGAAGCAAAAAUUACAGGAUUCUCUAAAGCAAGAAUUAGUACCAAUUCAGAUAAUCCUCGACCAGAACCAUGCCAGAAUAAGACGAUCGGCCAACUCUUUUCCGGAUAAAAUUCUGUUUAAGUUUUCCACCUCGGGCGGCGACUUCCGGUUGGAUCUCGCCAGGAAUGAUUUGGUUAAAGUUCCCCCCGUCCUACUGUGGACCGGAGAGCGAGUUAUGAAUGACACGACUUUCGAUUUACAGAGGGACUUCGCACUUUACCAGGGCAGUGCUAUGGGCGCUAACGCGCUUGUCCGUUUUCCAAAUAACGACUUCACCAGGUUUGAAUUGCAUGCAAACUACAUUAUUGGGACUGAAUUCUACUCCAUCGAACCCGUGACAUCCAGAACGAGGAGGUCUGCGAUAAAGAUUGUUGAACCCCCAUUCUCGAGGACCACCCCUCACCCUGCCACCAUUCGUAUCCAUAACGUACUCCGGUUAGAGAAGGAUUCGCUGGACUUUGAGAACGACAUGUUUAUCAUUAAAAGUGACCCAUCCCAGACUGAAGAACUCAAGCUCCAGAGGGUGGUAGAAGACACCAGCGGAGAACAUAACACGGGACCGUUCGUCACAGACUUUGGCACAAUACACGAUUCCGGAGGGAGGAGAAGGAGACAAACGAAUUUUAUGAAGGAGAACAAUCGAUACAGGCGAAACACAAACCAGCUGUACGUAGAGUACUUAGUAUGUGUGGACUACGCUAACUUUAUUAUUUGGAAGUCCAUGUCAAACUCAACCCACGAAGAACAGAGAAACGAAGACGCUAAAAAUGCAUUAACCAGAUAUUAUCUUUAUCUAGCUAAUGGGAUAGACACUCGAUUUAAAACAGCUCAGACCCCUCAAGGGGACCUACGGGUGGCAAUAGCUGGAAUUGUACUGGCAAUGGAUCGAAUGUCAUCCAACUGGACUGAGAACAACGUGAUCAGCGGAAAUAAGGUCAAUGACGGAAAUACGUUGAUGGAUUUUGCCAUCUGGUCCAACUCCCAAAAAUCUCGUUUGCCGAGGCAUGAUCACACCGCAUUGUACACUGGGUAUAACCUAGCAGAAACAGCGACGGACGACAGAACAAUAGGUAUUGCCUAUUUGUCCCGAGUGUGUAAUUCUUACGCAGCGUCCGUCAAUGAAGAAACGUUCAAUGCUAUAGCUAUUCACAUUGGCUCACACGAACUUGGUCACAGUAUUGGUGCAUCACAUGACACUGGGGCGUGUCCAUCCAGAAAUUUUAAUUUAAUGGCGGGAAUUUUACCAAAUCCCGCUAAUCUUAGUCCAGACAUGGCGCUGAAUACGUACAAAUUUUCGGCCUGUUCUCGAGUAGCGAUUGGUAACUACGUAAGCGGUUUGCUUGAAAAUUGCUUGAGUAAUAUACCGCCAUAUUUGGACGUAGUCAGUCGAGAGAGCCAAGCAUUUACAGCAGACGAACAAUGCGCGAUGACGUAUGCACCAUCUACUGGAUCCACAGUUUGUCGGGAGACGUAUCUGGGCACUAUACUGAAGUGGUCCGAGAUUUGCCACAAGCUUCGAUGUCGUAUUCCCGGAAGUACGUCAUGUUCUGCCCACUUUACAUUUGAUGGAACUCCUUGUGGUAACUACAAGUGGUGUCAACAGGGGCAGUGCGUCAGCUCUAUGAAAGCUCAAGAUGUACCGGAUAUAUGUCCAAUUGGUGAUGACCCCAGCUACAAUUGUGAUGUCUCUCUCUGUAACCAGUAUUCACCGAGCGUCAGGGAGGGAAACUGUUGUCAAACUUGUUUAAUUGGAACUACAACUACCUCUGCACCAACCACAACAACCACACCAUUAACUACAACAACACCAACAACUACGAUGAUGCCAACAACUACAAAAACAGCGAAAACAUCGACAACGCCGAUGACUACAACUACAUCAAAAACAACUACUACAACCACACCAACAAUGACGUCAUCGACCACCACAACAACACCGACAACUUCAAUAACUCCAACAACACUGAUGACUACAACAACACCGACAACUUCAAUAACUCCAACAACACUGAUGACUACAACAACACCGACAACUUCAAUAACUCCAACAACACUGAUGACUACAACAACAACACCGACAACUUCAAUUACUCCAACAACACUGAUGACUACAACAACAACACCGACAACUUCAAUAACUCCAACAACACUGAUGACUACAACAACAACACCGACAACUUCAAUAACUCCAACAACACUGAUGACUACAACAACAACACCGAAGACUACGAUAACAACACCAACGACUACAACAACACUGAAAACUACGACAGCUCCGACAACUGAUAUAACAACAGCAACACCGAAAAUUACGACAUCAUCAACUACAAGACCGACAACUAAGACAUCAUCGAUCACUACAACAGCUACAACAUCGACAAUUACGACUAGAAUGAUGACGACGCUAACAACCAUGACAAUGACUACAGCACCGACUAUAACACCGAUAAAUAUCACUAGAUUGACAACAUUGACACCAACAUCCACAGCAAUACCAACAACGUCUACAACAUUAACGAUGUCAACACCGACAACACCGACAACUACAACGCCAAAGAUUACAAAAUCGAUUACUACGACAAUGACUUCAACAACCAGAAAAAUGACAUCUGGUAUAUCCACAACCACAACCUUACCAGCAACUGCAAAUACCCGGACUACAACAACACUGCACUCAUCCAUGCAACCUAAGAAAACCUCAGCAACUUAUUCAGCGACAGUAACACCGUCAACAGCAGAGACUACCACUUCAUCAAUUUCUGCCACAACAACACUUCCGAUAACAUCGUCAACAAAAGUCCAACUUCCUACAAGCGUGUCAUCACCAAAUUCAAUAUCAACCAAAGCACCACAAGUGACAACUUCUACAACUCGUUCAGGAGCAUCAACAACAAAGAUAGCAGUCCCUAUAUCUACAUUUGAGUCAACGACAGCUAAGUCGUCUCCUCCUACGUCAUCAUCAACUACUAUUAAAUCUACCACAGCAAUCAACCCACAAACAACAUCUGUGGAGCUCCAAUCUUCUUCCCUUCCAUCAACAGAGAGUACCACACCUUUAGCACCCACGAAUCGCUCUACAACAUCCGCCAAAAGUACUACCGUCGCAACAAUAGUUACAACAAAGCAAUCAACACUAGCUACGUCAUCGUCAACUUCACCGUCGACCACGCUGGAAACAACAACAGCAUUGCCAGAAAGUUCAACUUCAAAGACGAUCCACUCAUCCACGUCAUUAUCAACCACCAACGCUCUAUCACAUACAACAACGAAUUCAUUCAUUGAUUCAAAGGAGACAACAAAAUCGAUGAAAACCACAAACCAGCCCAGUGUCAAAACAACAACAGACAGCAGUGAUGAUGAUGUCAUCAUUAAUUUUAUGCAACAAGCGAACUUCUACCAUUUAACAAAAAUAGCUUUAUUUCAAGCACUUGUAGCUAAUUUAUAA